AUGUCUUCAGCAAUCGAGUCUUGGGCCGAUGCCGGUGAUGAAUUCUCUGUGCCAGCAGACAUCAUCCAGAACCCAGAUGGAACCAAAACAGUCAUCACAUUCAGAACAAAUCAGGAUGGAAAGAAGGUGAAAAUCACUCAAAAGAUCAAAGAAGUUAUAGUGAGGGAAAAGGUGCAUCCGCUUAUAGCACAGCGUAAGAACUGGGCCAAAUAUGGUAAGGAAAAGCAUAGCUCACCAGGACCAGACACAAGUACUACACAAUUAGGUGAAAAAGUCGAUUUGAAGCUUGGUCUUUCAUGGAAACAAGUUGAAAAGAAGGAGGAGGAAGAUAAGGCACAAGAGAGAGCAUCAAGAGUUGUUGUGCAGACUAUUAAAUGUAGAGUGUGUGGAGGUGACCAUUACACUGCCAAGUGUCCAUUUAAGGAUACUUUGGGUGCAUCUACACUGAAUGGUGGUACACCAGAGCCAGGUUCUGAGGGUGCAGGUGAUGCCGAUGCAGUUACAAGUACUGGUAGAUAUAUUCCAAGACACUUGAGACCAGAUGCCAACGGUAACAUUCCUACAAGAGAAGCAAGAGACGACUCAACAACAUUGAAGGUUUCACAAUUGAAUACUUUUGUCGAUGAGGAUAUGUUGAGAAACGAAUUGUUUGCUAGAUUUGGUCCAUUACAGAGAGUCACCGUGGUGAGGGAUAGGGAAACUGGAGAAAGCAGAGGUUUUGCAUACGUUAGUUUUGCCACAGAGGAGAUUGCUCAAAAGGCUUUGGAUUUGUUGAACGGAAAGGGUUACCACAGUUUGAUCUUGCACUUGGAAUGGUCAAAGAAGAAGAAGCCAUUGUAG